UGCUUUGAAGAAGUCCUCAGAAGUCAUCACAACCAACUUUUCUUCACUUUUUUUCUUCAAAUACCACUCCAAAUCACGAUGCCUCACUACGAUGUCGCCACCAGGGUUCAAGUCGUCACCCUGCUAUCCAUGAAAACCCCUCCCUCGGAGAUUCAGAGGCGCACCGGUAUGGCAGAACGAAGCCAAUACAACCUGUUGAAAAAGGCAAAGCAGCGGGGAUGGGAUGGAACGAAGAUACUCGCCCAGCACGUUGAAGAUGCUCCCCGUUCCGGUGCUCCUCGAGGAAAGAGAAAGAAGAAAACGCUUGAAAAGUUAGGAAAGGAUCAAGAUGGUGGAGAGGAGACGUCGGGUUCGAUGGUUGUAGAGCCGACAGACAAGACGCCUUGUUCGAUGGCUUCAGACACGACAGAGAGAACACCAACUCCAAUGACUGCAGAUCCCCGAGAGAAAACACCAGUGUCGGUGAUUGCGGAGUCCUUACAGAGCACAACUAUUUCAACAGCUGCAGAGUCUACUGACGCUGGCAGCACGAUCAGCAAUCAUUCCGUGAAAUCAGUGGACAUAGUAUGA